AUGCAAUCACACCGUAGACAACCGAAAGUCGGGAAGAAAUCAGAGAGGGCAUCAGUGAAUGUUGUGGUCAAGAUUGAUUCUACGGCACCAUUACAUGGGCAUGUGUAUGCUGUGAUAGGAGCCUUACAUGCCUCAUUCGAAGAGUGGUCUCUGGAUUGUGGGCUUUUCCAUCUGAAAUCGCAAGUUGUGUACUAUCUCCACGCAGCGACGAGCGUCCUCGGCCUGGAGGCGUAUUCGUCCCAGUAUAAAACUGAGUUCAUUGAGUGCUCAGAUUGCAUCUACGAAGUGGAGAGAAACGAUGGCUUAGCAAUGGACGAAUUCCCAUCGCCUCACGGUCAUCCGGCAAGGAAUUUCUCGAUAGAUCAUCCAUUUUCUCUAUGGAAAUCGGUUGCUGAAAUACUUCAACCUCAUCUGACACACUCGCUAGCAGGCAGCACCUGUAAAGUGGCGAGGCUGCUCACAGUUCUCGGAGUUGGCCUCGGAACUGGUAGAUUGGCGCUCAUGACGGACGUUCAUCGUCUGCUGGGUAGAAAUUGGGAACGACGUCUGCGCCUCCGUCCUGAUCAAGUGGACAAAGUGGCUGAAAUAAUGUUCAGCAAUACAAGAACUCCUGCACAAAAAAGUGUGGCCUUGAUAACUGAAUUCGGCUUCACACGAUGGACUAUCGAGCAGUUGCCACCGUCAAUUGGCCUUCUGCUUGGUUCAAUCAUCAUGGGCCAACAUACUUCCACAGAACUGUUCCAGUUCAAAAGCCCUCAGAUGGUGACUAGUUUCCCGCAACCUGAAGAAAUGUCCCAGAUCGCUCGGAUACGCUGGCCCAGAGAUGUUCGGCGCGACAAUGUGCAAGCAAUGUUGGAUAGUACCAAACCAGUAUUGAUUGCCACUCAGCAUUUGGAUGCUGGUACAGACGGUGAAAUACGUGAAGCUCAGGAGCAAUUCCUGAAUGCCACCUGGACUCGUUAUCUCGCGCAGGCUUUUGGACGGGCGUUUUUCACAUUUCGAACUGUUCUACCAAAUCCUGCAGAAGCACUGUACGUACCGGACGUAUGCCUAUCAGCUCGUAUUUACCCGUCCAACCUCACUUAUGAUCUCACCUUGACUGAGCCUCUGAGACACCUACGAGAAUGGGGCGAGUUCUAUAAUGGUGUUGCCACGGGUCUAUCUGUGGUUGGCGCUGAUGUGGUGCGAGUUGACCAUGAAUGGCUGACUUUGUGCCAUACAAGCGACAAGAUUUCACCUCCGACUGCUGCUGGACUACUGUAUGCCUUUGGUUUGAAUGGUCAUUUGCCAAAUUUCAAUAUGUUCCACGUUCACGAAGUACUGGCAUCGCUGGAUAAGUUCCCGUCGAUUGCUUUGCUUCUCGGCAUGGCGAUGUCAAAAAUUGGUACUGGUGAUCGUCAAGUUUACAAGCAAAGUCGCGAGUCGUCACUUCCUGCUCUUACCCUUUGA